CACGGACAGAGAAAGAGACAGGAGAGAGCCACAACAGGAAAAAAGUGGCAAAGACAAAGGUCUGAGCAGCCUUUAGGGGAAAGAGGACAGAGGAGACCGAGGUUUAAGACCGGUUUACGGCAGCCCAGCUGUGACACCAGCGGCAGUGUCAAACUCUUCUGCUCCAGUGGAAGUGUAGCCUUGUGGUCAGCAGUCUGGGGAUGGAAAGAUCUGCUAACCUAUAGGCUUUGGAUGGAAAGAGUUGUCAACACAUAGAGAGGAUGGAAGAAGUGGAAAAUACAAAGAGAGUAAUGGCAGUGUGACACCGCCAUGCUGUUGCAGGAGUAGUCUGUCAUUUUGGAGCAUUCAGUGUAUCUUUGCCGGUUAUACUUCAUCCUUUGUAAGAGACCUUUCUUCACAUCUGUCUUUUAGAGGGAGAAAGCGGGUUUUGCUGUGUUAAGGAGCCAUAGGUUUCAUUUACCUUGCAACCUCCCUCUAGACACAAGCUCCCUCUCUUCCAAGUGGCUGAGAGGUUGCCACGCCAAUGGUUGUCAUGAUGCUGAUGUAGCGUCCUGACACUAGUAGUUGUGGAGCUGAAGGAGGUACCGGCGGUGGUGGCGACGACAGUGGUGCUGGUGAACAUCCAGGGAUGGGAAGUGCUCCGUAUCCAGCCGGUGAGUGGAAGGGGAAGGGGCGAGGCAGCCUGCAGGAGCUGGGCUGCAUGCCCUGGAAGGUCAGCAAACAGAAAGGUGGUGGAGGAGGAGGAGGGGAGGCAGUGGUGGGAGCAGAGGAGAGAAGGUGCAGGGAUCCCAGGGAAACUCAGCAGCAGCAGCAGGAUCUCUCAUCGUCCUCUUCCUCACUCACCCCGCCAGCUCCUCCCCAAGCUUCUUUGGCACCUCCGGUCAUUUAUCAUGAGAAGCAGCGGCGGGAGCUGUGUGCACUUCACGCGCUUAAUAACGUCUUCCAGGAUGGGACAGCCUUCAGUCGGGACACCCUGCAGGAGAUCUAUCAGAGGCUCUCUCCCAGCACUAUGGUGACACCACACAAGAAGAGCGUGCUGGGAAACGGGAACUAUGAUGUAAAUGUCAUCAUGGCAGCCCUGCAGACCCGAGGGUUUGAGGCAGUUUGGUGGGAUAAAAGAAGGGAUGUAGGCAAUAUUGAACUGUCCAACGUGGAGGGCUUCAUUCUGAACGUACCGUCCAAUCUGCGCUGGGGGCCUCUCCGGUUGCCACUUAAGCGGCAACACUGGAUAGGUGUCAGAGAGGUGGGAGGAGUCUACUACAACUUGGACUCCAAGCUGCGUAGCCCUCAGCCCAUCGGCAAUCCGGAUGAGCUCAGGAAGUUUCUCCGCCAGCAGCUACGAGGGAAGAACUGUGAACUCCUGUUAGUCGUCUCAGAGGAAGUGGAGGCACACCAGACAUGGCGGUCUGAUGGCUAAGGGUUUAACCAGCCUGUCACAGCUCUAACUGGGCCAGCAGACCAAUCGCAGAGUGAACAGAAGAGGAAAUAACGUUGUGCAUGGCCAAAACCUUUCGAUGCACACUUGCAGAUAUAUCCCCUCUAUAUACACACACACACACAUAAACACCUUUUUGGGUUUUGUUUACACAGCCAUUGCUGGACAAUUAUCUAGUGAGAUACAAUGCAAUGAAGGAAGCAAACACUUUACAGGGAGAAUCAAAGAAUCACAGCUUUCUCACGACGCAGUUAAGACUUCGAAAGUGUUAUCCUGUUUCUGCUAUUUUUGUUUUGUUUUUUUUAUAUUGAUACAUAUUUUCAGUGUCAGUUUUGAUCUUUUGCUUUUUUUUUUUUCUUUUCUUUUUACUUUUUUCUACUUUCCAAAGUCAGUGGAGUUCAGGCUUUAUGAAAAAUGCUGUGUUCAUGUGCCUGUCCCCUUCUGCCAUGCUCCCUGCUUCAGUCACGACGUUCACUGAUGUGUCUUCGUGUUUGUGUCCCUCCCUUCAUGUCGUGAAUCUCUCUGUCCGUAUCACUUUCACCAAAGCGUGCCCUUCUUUGCCUCAGUGUGACUCCAUCUCUCCGUGUCUUUUUCUCGUCACUGGUUAGAAUCAGUGAUUUAUCACGUUGCCAACUUUGUACUUCAACACUUCCCAAACAUUGCCGGCACAGACGGAGCCUUUACUGCAGAGGCUCUGCCGACACAACGGUUUUAUAUGGCAACAAAGCAAUGCAACAACACCCAGGCCAAGUAGUCCCUCUAGUGGAUGUUUGCCUAAUUUUCAACCAAGGAAGAAUAACGUCAUCACUCAUCCAGUUUUUGUUUGUUUGUUUUGUCAAAUUGUUCAGAUUGAAAUCUCAGAUUUCUUAUGGCAUGCCUCACUUAAGCCACCACCUCAUGGCUUUUUUCAUCAAUCAUUAAUCAAAAAGGGUGCAGCUUGAAUUGAAGAGUCAGAAAACUCUAGUUUAUUUUGCCUAGAAAAAAAAAAGUUAUAUUUAUAUAAAUUAGUUUUACUUUGUAUUUUUAACCCCCACUACAGCUGAAUGACAUCUGCAUGUCAGAAAGGUGGUAUCGUAUUACUAACGUUUAUUUACCUUUAGCAGGAUUAUUUUAUAUCAGGAUAUAAUAAUCAAGUUAGCGUGACGAUUUAAAUUUAAUUUGUUGAUACAAAUAUAACAGCAAAGCAUCCCCAUAAUUCAAAAUUAGAAAACCUGACCAUGUUUUAUAAAAGCUGAUGUUUUUUUUGGGUUUGUUUGUUUUUGUUUUUAGGCCAAUAGGUGCAUGUGCAGCAUAUAAAUACACGUCAAAAUGAUUUUGAAAAGGGGAAAUUGCUUUGUUGUUUAUUAACAUCUGCUGAGCUGUAAUUUUUACUCAGGUGCUACAGAGCACCUGAAACAGAGUAUUUUAAGCAAAGGAGCUGCUCUUCUGGAAAACUCUGUAAUGUAACCAUAAUUGCCCCAAACAUCCCUUUCUGCAUUAUGUUCCAUAAAAAAAUAUUAUAGUGAUAUUUUUAAAAACAAAAGUUUUUGGCAGAUAUCAAACAGCAUAUAUACGCUGAUACUGAGAUAUCUGUAAUAGUUGAAUAUCUUCUGAUAAUAUCAGUCAAGUCAGACAUCAGUCGGGCUCUUUACACUAGUUAAUGUGCUUAAUAGCUCCAGAACAAGCAAGGAAAGGGAAGUCCAAUGAAAGAUCAUGCAUUUGAAGAAAUUAUUUUAUUUCCCUCUAUCAUCGACUUCCACCCAGAGCCACAAACAUUUCUUAAACAGCUUGAAAGUUAUUCUUCACACAGAUGACACGACGGUUACUAACCCCCCCCAAACACACACACACCCCUAACUUUGGCUUUAACAUUUGUUCAGAUUGACACCACCACAGCAGUCCUCUGUAGCACAGGAGCUCAGCCUAUGUAGAGAUUCUCCUUCUCUCUAUCCUUUUCCCAAACAUGCCAAAUUACAACCCUGAGAGGAUGUCACUGACUGUCCUACCCAGUCUUACACAGUCAGCAGCGCCCUCUGUUGUGUGAGGUUUCAGUGUGAGGACGAUUUUGGUGGUAGAGUUAGGAAAAGGGGGGGCUUGAAGAUCUGAAGGAGGAGAGCAGAAAGCCUCGACGUUGGUCAGAAAGUAUCCAAAAGUCCAGCCAUACUUGUGGUUAAGUGUAGUGAGAUGAGCCCAGCGAGAGAUUCUGCCGUUGUAGCGUUCAUACUUAUCAGCUUAACUGUUAAACUGUUUAUACUAUAAAAGUAUUGUCUAUUGAUGACAAUAUUGGCCUUAACUUGUUUACAUUAAAAGUAUAUAUGUUGCUCUGAAAGAUUAACAGGGGCUGUGCAGUUUGGCGCCAUUACAGGAGAUUAAUUCCAAAGCACCGAUUUUAUCAUGAGUUCAGAUGAGAAACACUACGAAGCUCGUCUGUGAUGAUGUUUUCACUUUUGCCGCCAAGGACUUCAUGUUCUAUAAAAACAUUUGAAAUGCGACGACUUUCAUAAAGGGAAAAAAAAAAAAAAGAUUACCUUAUUUUAAUAGUGCAUGUCUUAUUUUAAAAUGACUCCAGCGCACUCUGUAGACCUUUACUGGCUCGUUAUAUCCAAGUGUACCUGCAAUGAACCAUCAGAGAAACUGUCAUCAGUUUGUGGAGAUUUUCAGCCCAAUCACAUCAUGACUAGUGUGGCACAUUUGCACUCAGCAUUUGCUUAUUUUGCCAUGACAAUCCCAUUCAGCCCUUCCUAUUAAAGGACCUUGAUUGUCACUGUAAUAUAUAUUUUUUUUCCUUUUCCAUUGAAAUAAAAUGCUUUUAUUGGCACUUUA